CGAUAAGGCAGAGGAGGAAAACAACAAGGCUGAUGCCUCAGACUUUUACUAUUACACCUCCUUUUCUUCACAUAGGAGGAAUUGUUACUUGUUACUGCUUUUACUCAGCAUUCUUGUCUGCGUUUGGCUUAACCGCAUUAAUGUGGUGAUAAAAUGGUUGAUUAACAGCUUCGUCACCUGUUGUGAACCUCUCUCUGACCUCAGCUGUAAAGCCGUCUCACACUCUGGAUAUUCAGCUACAGUUAAUUCUCUGUUGUUCAGUGCAAUAGGCUGCAAUGCUCUCAAAGAGGGAGAAAGAGCUAAUUGCAGAAAUAUGGGGAAGACUGACUCCUGUGGCUGAAGAUAUUGGCUCAGAUGCGCUUCUUAGGAUGUUCGCCUCUUACCCAGGAACCAAGACGUACUUCUCCCAUCUAGACAUCAGUGCCCGCUCUGCUCACCUGCUCUCUCACGGGAAGAAGAUUGUCCUGGCCAUAGCCGAGGGAGCCAAAGACAUCAGUCAGCUCACCGUCACCCUGGCCCCUCUGCAGACCCUGCACGCAUACCAACUCCGGAUAGACCCAACUAACUUCAAGCUUUUCUCACACUGUAUGCUCGUCACCCUGGCCUGUCACAUGGGCGAAGACUUCACACCAGUUGCACAUGCAGCCAUGGACAAGUACCUGUCGGCCUUCGCAGCUGUGCUCGCCGAGAAAUACAGAUGAGACUCAGCCACGUGUUUCUAGGAAGUAUACGAGACAUUUAUGAUGCUAUAUGAUAUGAAAUAUUUAUGUUUGUGUAGUUGUUGUUAUUGUGUAAGGUUUUGUAAUAAUAAAAAAUGUGCAAUUAAUAUAC